CUUUUGGGCUCGAACCUCCGACUGCUGGCUUUCCAUGAUCCUCUUUCUUCGACGGAUGCCGUGGUAGAUCUCCCAGUCCGAAGCAAGCAGGGAGCCGCGACAUCUCUCCUUGCUGCCGUGUCCCCAACCAGCAGUCAUCUUGCAGCCCAGCCCUCCCGCCUUGUUUACUUCGGGUGCCCGCAUCAGAGCUUCGUAACAAAGAAGGAAAAGGAAGUGUUCUUCGAGAACGACAGUUAGCCAAUACGACAGGCUUGUUCUGAAGAAGGAGCCGAAACCUCCUCGCCAGAGCCAGAAUGGCAGCAUCUUCGCCUAAGUCCGCUGUCCCCCGCAGCUCCUCGCCCGCCCCGGACGCCCUACCUAAGCCAGCUCUCGGGCCGUCUCCGGGCAUAUCUCGUUGCUUCUCGACUGGGUCUACUAUAUCACACGGGUCUGCGACCACCGAAGGCUCGCAGUUCCGGGAAUCUCUCGGCAGCGAUGCCUCGAGUUUCUCGCGGCACUCGUCGGCGAGCUACCGCUACUCGGAUAUCAGCAAUCUGAGCACCGGCAGCGGUCCUGGCAGCGCGGAGCUAGUGGGCAGGAGAAACUCAAGCCGGCGGCGGGGCUACAUGCGCCCGCAAGGCACUGAUUUCGCCGCCAGCGCCCAGCGCCGGGAGAGUGUGCUCAGUCUGGGCAGCAUUGCGCAUUUGCAGUACUACUUUGCCCGCACUGGCUUGCUGGAUGGCAAAGGCGGGCGGCUGGCACGGAGACGGGACCCCAACAAGGCGCACACCCUGGACUUGUCGUCGCUCGACCCAAGUGUGUUCCUGACACCCAAGCCCGAGAGCGAUCAUGACUCGAGCUAUGCAUCCAUGGUGAGCAGCCCAGACUGGACGGCCCCUACCGGAUUCGGCAGUGUGAAGUGGGGUGCUGGCUCUAUGGCCGAGUCGCCCGUCGAAGAGCACCCUCCGGACCAGCAGGACGAAGAUUACUUCUCGGACGAGUUCGACGAGGAGAUGCUGCCGCCGACGACGAGCACCUAUCAGCAUCGCGAGAAGCCGGUGCCCAAGCCACCGUCUAUGGCCGAGUUGAGGUCCGAAUUGACCAGCUCCCUCGACGUGGCCGAAAAGACGCUGCACGAGGUAAAGAACGCCAAACCGCCUCCAGGGCUCACGGUCAAGAUCGAGACGGUGGAUGGCCAGGACAACUCUAGUCAACAUCAGGCCUCAGAUUCACGAAGGCCCUCUCUUCAGUCGGGCGGAUGGCACGAGAUCCAGGGGAUGAGCAUACUCGACGUCAUGACAUUGGCUAUCCGGGCCGCUAAGAUCUACUACACGUCCCAUGAUCGUCCCGACCGUCUCGACGCCAUCAAGUCUGAGAAAGAGCUGCGCGGCGAGCUGCUCUCUGUCAUGGACAUCCUCAAGCGCAUGGCAACUAGGGGCUUUGCCGGCGGGAUGCGUGACGACGAGUUUCGGACUAUGGAUGCUUGGAUUGUGGGACUGCGCGCCAUGCUUAAAGCCGAGGAUGCCAUAGAAGCGGAAGAAGUCGCGGAGCAGGCAACUUGGACCUGGGUGCGCCCCGAAGGUUGGGAAGGGCGCGAGUUUGAGCGCGAGGAGGCAUUUAUGCGCUCCAUUCUUAAGGGUCCUGACCCCAUCGAGAACAUGCCUGUCUUGCCCAAAUGGACACCCAUCGACCGGACCAAGCCGCUGGAAUCGCAGUCCCUCCCGACGCCGUUCCUAGCAGCGCUCUCAAACGGCCAGCGUCUGGUGCACCUUCACAAUUGUGCGGUGCGCAAGUCGCAGCGGCGCUUCGGCUACAUCCCGACAUUCUACGCUAACACCCAGAAGCCAUAUCGCGGAGCUGACAAUCUACGCUAUUGGCUCAAAGCGGCCGAGCUGCGCUGGGAGGUGCUGCUCAAGAUUGACCCUCUGGGACUGCAGUACAACAGCAGCCCCGAGCUUUGGCUUGACUUUGAGGAUGCCGUCUUACAGUGGUGUCGCAAGGUGCGUGAGGAGAUUAUCUCCGAGUUGCAGCAGCAGCAAUCACCCACGACUGCUGCAUCACCAUCAACAGCUUGAGCUCCCCAGAUGGGGUAAGCUGUGCCAUUCAUGACUGGAAAGAUGUUAUGACUCCCGAUCGAUAGACUGUUACACCACUCUUCGGCCUUUAGCUCGAUCUAUUCACUUUUUCUCUUUCCUUGCCGGGAUCGAGCCCCGCACAAACCCCCUUUCCACCACCGCUUGUUUACAAAUACCCCUUUGUUUACUUCA